GAGGCGGGGCGGCCGCGCCCGCCGCGAGGACCCCCCCGGAGCCGGCCUCGGCGCGCCGGGGGCGCUUCUCCUUCCUCUGGGGGGUCGUGGGCGGGGCCUCAUGGAAACCGUUCGCCCCGAGAGCUUCGAAGGAGGGGCAGUGGCGUCUGGGGCCCAGGGGCGGCCGGCGCCGGAGGCAAGGGUGCACUUCCGAGUAACGAGGUUCAUCAUGGAGGCAGGUGUCAAGCUAGGGAUGCAGUCCAUUCCCAUUGCCACUGCUUGUACCAUAUACCAUAAGUUCUUCUGCGAGAUCAACCUGGAUGCCUAUGACCCUUAUCUGGUUGCCAUGUCUUCCAUUUAUUUGGCUGGCAAAGUAGAGGAGCAACACCUGCGUACUCGGGACAUCAUCAACGUGUCCAACAGGUACUUUAACCCAAGCAGUGAGCCCUUGGAGCUGGACUCCCGCUUCUGGGAGCUCCGAGACAGUAUUGUGCAGUGUGAGCUCCUCAUGCUGAGAGUUUUGCGCUUCCAGGUCUCCUUCCAGCAUCCACACAAGUACUUGCUCCACUACCUGAUUUCCCUCAAGAACUGGCUGAAUCGUUACAGCUGGCAACGGACCCCCAUCUCUGUCACGGCCUGGGCCCUGCUGCGUGACAGCUACCACGGGGGACUGUGUCUGCGGUUUCGGGCUCAGCACCUAGCUGUGGCAGUGCUCUACCUGGCUCUGCAGGUCUAUGGAGUCGAGGUACCUGCUGAGUCUGAGGCUGAGAAGCCAUGGUGGCAGCCCCUGGCACACAUCAUUCUACUGUCUUUAGAUUUGACUGCUCUACGGAUCUUCUAUGUAUGGAAUUGUACAAUAUUUGUAUUGUUGUGACUGGCUCAUUUCACUGAGUAUCAUCAGGUCCUCAAAGAUCAUCCAUGUUGAAGUAUGUGUCAGGUUGGAUAAUAUUCCAUUGUAGGGAUGGACCACAUUGUAUUUAUCCAUUCAUCUACUGAUGCAUACUUGAGUGCCGCAGUCUGGCUGGGCACAAUCAGGAGCCACUUGUCAAAAGAAACUAACUUUAUUUUUAGAACCACACACGACAAACAAAAUAGUCUCUCAGGAAAAACCCUCAGAGCCUCAACUGCCACCACCAGCUUUCCCCAAGCCUCUCUCUCCCACACAAGCUUCUCUCCACCUCCCACAAUCCUCCUGCUCUUGAGGCCGAUUGGCUGGGUCACGUGGGCGGAGCCAAAAAAGUCCCCCAAUGAGCAGCUCCGUGGUCUGAAAGGGCAGGGAAACAGCCCAAUGAGCAUCACCGCAGAGGAGCCAAUCAGCUAGAUGUUGCUGUGGCCGAGGAGCCAAUCAGCUAGAUGUUGCUGGGGCUGCUGUGAGCCAAUCGUCAGCCGGCAGCUGGAAGUUUGCUGGCAGCUGGAAGUUUGCUGGGGCCCCUUCGGCUGUGGCUCU